AUGACGGUAUAUCCCCGAGCAUCUCCAUUUUCACAACCUCACCAACUUUAUCCUGAUCUUGAAACAUCCGGCUCCCCAGCGGCGACCCAGCACGCCGCUGAUCUCGAGGCCGUCGUAUCGAGGUUAUGGACCUUGACUACGCCCUCGAGCGCUAAUAUCCAUCCUCUCUACCAACAAAACGUCCUCGGACGAGAGAUCGUUGUAACCGAAGAUCCGCGCCUUCACUUGUUAUGGAUCAAUAAUCGCAUUUUCAUCAAGCCGCUCCCUCCUUAUCUUUUGUCGCACUCGUUCUGGACACAUGUAUUUCCACCUCAACCGUCGCUACUUACUGCGCAAUUGCCCGUGCGACGUGCCGCCAUUGGCUUCUUGCGGACGUAUCGCUACCUCAUCCAGUACGAGUCUGAUCUCUGGAUUGCGCAGCAAGAGCAUCUGCGACUGGUCCCCAUCAAGCUCAACUGGACGGAGAUGUCUACUUUCUUAGCUGAUCUCGAAAGUAUUGAAGAUCGGGAUGCUUCGGCUCGAUAUCAAUAUGGAGAGCUUCGUCUAUCCCGACUUAACCUCUACGCUCCCCUUUUGUUCGGCCGGCUCUCCUAUGAACAUAUCCCUAUGCAAUACGGGGAGUACUUUGCACGGCUCUAUGGGCCGAUCUUGUUUAUCUUUGCCGUGGUGACGACCAUUCUGAAUGCAAUGCAGGUGGCUCUCGCUGCCGAUCCGGGCCGGCCAUCGUCGAGCUACUUAUGGCAGAUAUUCUACUGGUUUGCUACCAUGAUAUUAGUCACGACAGUUAUGGUCGGGUGUUCUUUGGUAGCGCUCUGGCUCGGCAUGAUCGCAAAUGAGUGGAGGUUUUCACUGAGAAACCGACAUAAGGCUCAGGAAUGA